AAAUGUUCUAGAAUAUGAUAAAAAUUACCACAAAACAAUGUUCAAGUUUCUGUAACUUAUUUUUUUAUAAAGGUGCGCGUAAAAUAAUACUGAUAAGAAAUAGUAUUAACAGUACACAGAAAAUAUUGAUGAAUAAAUGCAAUCCUUGGGGAAAUGGAAAAACAUUUUUGAGUUUUCUCUAUGGUUUUCUCUGUCAGUUAUUUGUCAUGAACGUCAAAAUAUCAUUUGUCAUCUUGAUUCUGAGUUUGAAUUAUGUCAACAGGGUAUUGAUAAACUUGAAAAUCAAUCUUUUAUCAACAAAUCAGUGAAAUAAUUAAUAAAAAUGGUUACAUUUGCACCAGAUGAGAUCGGCUUAGCCGACAAAUCACCAUGCGCGGGAAUUAGAGCUGAUCUCAAACUGUGUUUACUCGCAAGUGAUUGUUGCAAAAAGGAUAGGAAAACACCUAGAGAAUGUCUAAAAGAUGGAACGAUUCCAGACGAAUGUAUUCAGCUGAGGCAAAGCUUCUUUGAAUGUAAAAGAUCUCUACUGGACAACAGAAGAAGGUUUCGAGGUCACAAAGGUUACUGAUGUAUGUACCUUAGGAGUUAUUCUUUAAUAGAGAGGAAUAGUUUGUUUAAUUUUAUGAAUGUAUAAAGUAUUAAAUAAUAAUUUGUUUAAUAAAACUUGACUGUUGA